AUGACCGAUAAACAAAACAAUCAUGGCUCCCUCGCCAAACCAUUCACCCCCACGCUCAGCGCGGCUUUUCACCGCACCAACCGCGCGCCUCUAACGCCCAAACUCGCCAGUCCAGGCCCCGGCCAUCCUGCAGCGCGCCGUCUUGCCAAUGACCAACAACAACCCUUUACCCCUUCCAAAGAUGAUUCCCCCGCCGUUCCUUCAUCCCUCCUCAGCGCCAACGUUACCCCACGAUCAGGUCCACGAACCACUCGCCGUGAUGCUACUUUUCCCUCUCCAACAAGUACCUCGCCGGCCCCGUCGCCACAGCCUUACACCCAACCGCCGGUCGGGUUGGGACUGGCUGCCCCUCGUCGAACAGAACGCAGCCCUGCUCGCGGGGUGAAGCCGGAGCAAUCGAGAAGCUUGAGAGCAAAGACUCUCACUGCGGAAGGACAACAGCUAUCGCGUCCAAAUUCAUUCACGGAUAUGGCAGGGAGCUCUCCUCGAUUCUUUCAUGCCUCCGACGCCGGCUCAACAACCUCCUCCGAGGUCGAUACCUCCCGCCCGAAGCCUACCAAGGCCCCUUCAGUUGCAAGCUUCGUAUAUGCAAACGGCAACCAAGAACGACAGACCGCGUCUGUUGAAUCUCUACCUACAUCCUCAAAUGGUCGCCGUUCAGGGGGUCCAGGCAGUCUUCCACGCCCCGCACCUCCUACUAGGCCCAUGGCCUCACCCUCACCACGUCUCCGAUCUCCUCGACCAUCCGACGCGACGUCUCCUCCUCUAUCCGAAAAACAAGUCUCAUUCAGUCCUAAUAUCGAUCACGGAAUAGAGAAUGUCUUGCACGGAUUCUCCCCUUCGCCAAAUUAUCAUCCCGAUCGACAGAACUCCCCCUCUCUCCCACUCCCGCGACACCGAAAGUCGUCCAGUAUAGGCUCUUCAAGCCAAGGCACAUAUGAUGGCCUGAAAGCCAGCCCGAUCAUCGUGUCAAGCACCUUCAACUCCGAGAACACUCCACCGAUGAUGUCUGACCAAAUUCCAACCCUUCGUCCCCGCGUCUUCAGCAAUGGCUCCUCUGUCUCGAACGAUCCACUCGCCCAUAUGCCUAUGAGCCCCGGAAUACCACAUCUACCCAUGUCAAUGAGCCCGAGCAAUCCGCAUUUGUCAAGGCCAAUGAGUCCUGGAAAGUCGGAAAGUGGUGGCGAGGUGCUCAAUGCGCGGACGGAGCGUAAGAUCAUGGACUUGGAAAUCAGCAACUCUUCUCUUCUGGCUAUCAAUCGGACUCUCGAACAAUGCCGAGCUUCGAAGGUUUCGCCGUCUCAGUCGAUCGGGACGUCUUUCAAUGGCCCCAUCGACCCGCUCAUUCUCGGGGUGGCGAUGUCAACUACCAGUGAAAUGGAUGAAGAAGCCAGUGAAAUGUCCUCGGACAUCUCGGACGUGAGCGAUGAAGAUUCUGUUGCGGACGAAAACGAUAUGAGCGCCGACUCUCUCGCCGAACACGACGCCAAACACCGCGCACACGACGAAAAGAAAUUCAUGCUUGACCUCGCCAAACACCAGGAACUUCUAGUCGACAGCCAGAAAAUGAACCAAAGCCUGAAACGAUGCCUGGGCUGGACCGAAGAACUCAUCAAGGAAGGCCAAAGAGCCCUUCAAUAUAGUGUUCAUGUUCAGGAUAUCGAAUUGGGCGGCCGUGUUCUUGCGCCAGAAGAGCUGGGCGAAAUUGGCCCAAGUGGACGUGCUCUACUCAGCCCAUCUACCGAAUUCUCCGUUGCUUUCCCAUCCAACGACACCUCCUUUGAUACAUUCUAUGAACCCGACCCUGCUACACUCCCUUUGCCUUCGUCUCCUGGUGGGACGGACUAG